AUGCGGUCCUUCGCUCUUGAAACUUUAAUUGGAUGGUCGUGCGUCAACUUACAUAUUGCCCCCGCAACGAAACGGGAUACAGCAUCUUGCACCGUAGUACCUACUGGGUGCUACGGUGACGUUCGUGCAUACCAUCAUAAAGCGUACGCCACACUAUACGUGGGAGAAAACUACUGUGCAAUCGUACCGCAAUUCCAACCUGCCCUCCAUGUCGCAAUUGUUGUCGAGGCCUCUUUACGAAUGAUCUGCAUUGUGACUUCCAUACGACAGACGUGCCUCCUCAAUUGCUGCCAGGUGCCCUGUGAAGCAUGCCAUCCGCGAGGAAAGCCGCGGAGUGCCCGAAGCUCAUCUUGGAUAGUAGCAACCGUGCGUGGGUCACUAUUGGCAUCUUUAUGGGCAUUGGCUGCGGCGAUGGCCGGUUGUGUUGCUCGCCGCUCGACUUGUGGCCGUAGUGCGAUUCCAAGUCCACCGGGUCGUCAUCAGGCUCUUUCUUGA